AUGCAUUGUAAUCGGAAGUACCCAGUCAGGCUAAGACAUCGAGUGGAUGUCUUUAAAGUCCAUCCGGCCCAACGGAUCGGACUCGACUGGGACGUCGGUGAACUGACUGGUACGGUUGUUGAAAUAUACACCGAUGGCUCAAAAGAUGGCAGCUUAGUAGGUGCCGCGUACUGUGUCUUCUGUGACAAAGUGCAAGUGUACAAACAGUCAGUCAGAUUGAACGAGGAAGCGUUCAUGUUCCAGGCGGAACUGGUGGCCCUGGAGGGGGCAUCCCAGUGGAUCCUAUUACAUCCGGGUCCAGAGCUGGUCACGGUUUACUCUGAUAGCCAGUCGUUGCUACAGGCUUUGAAAGACAGGUACCAUCGCGAUUCGCUGGUACGUGAGAUCAGAAGCAUGGUACUGAGGGCGAGGCACGAGCGACACGUCACCCUGCGGUGGGUCCGAGGCCACAUCGGGAUCCUGGGCAACAAACGUGCUGAUCAGCUGGCAAAGGUGGGAGCCAGCGGCCCAUUUAUAACGAGGAUGGUGGAACCCUCGGCUACUUAUAUUAAAGGGACUUUGCUGAAAAGUUCAAUGAUCAACUGGCAAGAGCGCUGGACUCAAAGUACAGUAGGUAGGCCAGCCUAUGCCUUUGUGCCUGUAGUUAGCCUCACUCCAGUGUGUUGCAAUUGGUUCACGACCCAAAUACUGACCAGCCACGGGAGGUUUCCCCACUUCAUGUCUAGAUUCGGACAUGGAGAUAGUAGCUGCUCCUGUGGGUGUCCUCGCGGUGAUGCGAGACACUAUGUACUUGACUGUCCUCUUACAGAGGAUUUCCGCCAAGGGGCCGACCAAGUCGACUGGUCUAGGCCACCUGAGCUAGUAAACGCUAGCAGCUAG